UUUGCCACUCUUGAGAGAUCAUUAGACAAAAAUAGAGCAAUCUCGAUGUAUAAUGACAUGCAAAUGUACGUUGACCAGACUCUCUCAAAUUUCUACCAAAGAAUCACAAGUGACUUAACAUGUCUAUGCCGGGAGAAAACAAUGGGCUAUUUCAAAGAGUUGCAAGAGCAACAAAGAGACUUAUCCAAAAAGGUAGAAAAGUUGUCGGUCUCUCCAAAGCCAAUUCCCAUCGAAGAGUUCAUAGGGAACCAGAGCUUCGAUAGGGCCUACUUUGAGGCAGAACCAGUCCCAGAUGAUAUUUCAACUCAUCCUCAAACAUGUCUAAUAUAAACCACUCAAGUCAGAUGAACCUGCAGAAGAUGCUGAUCUCAACUGCUGAGGAGAAUGAAAAUCUUAUUAAUGAGAUAAACGAGCUGAAGAAGGUAAGGAGUCCUCCAAUUCCCCCUCAGACACAGUACCUUAAGAGAAGACACCGAGUCUACUCUCCUCCAAUUCAUAAUCCCAGGAGGAGAGUGCGGACCCAGCAUAAGAGGAAAACCAGAAAUGUGCCUUCAAAGCAGAGUAGAAAUAACAUCUGCAAAAACUCCACUAUUGAGCAAGAGAAGUCAUCCACUUCCAAUAUGAACCAAGACUUGAUCAUUCCUGAAUUUGAGCUAGGUGAAAACAGACUUUUUGAGAAAGAAAAGGAGAGGUCGCCCACUCCUACUAACUUCCAAAAGUACAUGACAAAGCUAGGAGUCACUUCUGAUAGUAAAUAAGGAUGCUACCAUUAAUACUAGCUUUAAGUUGAAAUAAUGAUACUAUUUCAUCAUCAGCAACUCAGUCAGCAAUGCUGGAUGCUGUUCUAGUUAAGAAAAAUAAUGAACCCUUAAACAAGAGCUCAAACAUUGAAAAUUCUGAUAUAAAUCGUUCCGGAAUGUCAGAGAAUUUGCCAAACCCUAUCAAAAAGCCAAAAACUAGUUACAACAAAAGUCGAACAAGAAAAGCUGGAUUCAGGCCUCUUAUGCUCACAUCCUCCAAGAAACCCAUAAAUACACGAAAUUCUUCCCACCAUAACCUAACCCAGCACAUCACCCCUCAAAAUCUUUAAAAUUCAACUCCAAGCACUCAAAAU